AUGAUUUCUUCAGGAUUCAGUGGCGCUUUAAAAUUAACUGAUUUAGACGAUUUUAUUACUCCGUCCCUGGAAUGUAUAAAACCUGUGCAAUUUGAAAAAUCAUCACUAGGAACAGGAGCAAAAAUCAAAAUUGGAGACGAUGGUUCUUAUAUGCAAGAAUCCAAAAGUGGCAAAAGUGAAAAAUUGAAACAGGUUGAAAUUUCAUUGACCGAUUGUUUAGCAUGCAGUGGUUGUAUAACUUCAGCAGAAACUGUUCUCGUUCAACAACAAAGUACUGAUGAAAUGAUGCGUGUUUUUGAUGCACAAAAUGGACUUGAUAAUAAAAAAUUCAUAGUUGUUUCUAUUUCUAUUCAAUCAUGUGUAUCAAUUGCAACAAGUAAAAAUAUUUCAGUUGAAUGUGCUGCAUCAAAAUUAUGUGGGUAUUUCAAGAAAUUGGGUGCAGAUUUGGUAUUAGAUAUAAAACUUGCUGAAGACUUGGCAUUAUUAGAAUCUCAGAACGAAUUUAUAGAAAGAUAUAAAUCAGCUAAAGCAUCAAAAGUUCAGAAAAUAUUACCCAUGUUAGCAUCUUCAUGUCCAGGUUGGGUGUGUUAUGCAGAGAAAACUCAUGGGAAUUUUAUACUACCAUACAUAAGUCGUGUGAAAUCCCCACAGCAAAUAAUGGGUUCUUUUAUAAAAGAUUUUGUUUCAAAAUUUAGAAAUAAACCUAGAACUGAUAUAUAUCAUUUGACUGUUAUGCCUUGUUUUGACAAAAAGUUGGAAGCAUCGAGGGAUCAAUUUUUUGAUGUAGACACUGAAACUAAAGACGUUGAUUGUGUAAUUACUUCCAUUGAAGUGGAUGCAUUAUUGGUCAAACAAGACAUUAAUUUCAAUGAUAUAGUUCCUGAAAAAUUUGAUACAGGGAUGAAUAACAUAACAGAAGAUAAUCAUAAUUUGUUUACAAGUAGUGGUUCUGGAUCUGGAGGAUAUGCUCAUCAUAUAUUUUGUAAUGCAGCAAAGGAAUUAUUUAAUAUUAAUAUUGACGAAGUAGAAUUCAAGCCUUUACGGAAUGUUGAUAUGAAAGAAGCUACAUUAGAAGUUAAUGGAGUUGUUGUACUACGUUUUGCUAUAGCCAACGGAUUUAGAAACAUACAAAACCUUGUGCAAAAAUUAAAAAGUAAAAGAUGUCCAUACGAUUAUGUUGAAGUGAUGGCAUGUCCUUCAGGUUGUUUGAAUGGAGGAGCUCAAGUGAAACAAAUGGAAUUCAAGCCAAAUAGAGAAUUUAUAAAUGCCUUAGAAAAUACUUAUAAUGAGUUACCUAAAAGCAAUCCAACACAAAAUAAUAAUGUAAAAUAUUUAUAUUCUAACUGGUUAAAUGAAAACAACAAAAAUGAUUAUUUAUUUACAACAUAUCGAGAAAUUAAAAAGAAUGAUCAACCUUUAAAUAUUAAAUGGUAG